AUGUCCGCCCUUGCCAGCGAUCCCGGCGAAAGGUCCCUGGCCAGGCUCCUCGCCACCCUCACUACCACCCUGCACGAGCCCGUCUUCGUUCUUGCAACCCUUUCCGACGCAUCGCGCCUCCCGCCCCUGCAAGAGACGCAGCUCGUGUUUAAAGAAACCGAGGGCAUCACCGUCAUCGUCACCAGGAGUUACGCCGAGGCGCACGGCAUCGACUACCUCUUCCCCUGCAAGAUGCUGACGCUCAACGUGACGUCGAGCCUCGAGGCCGUGGGCUUCAUGGCCGUGGUGGCAACGAGGCUGGCGGAGGCCGGCAUGGGCGUCAAUCCGGUCAGCGGCUUUUACCACGACCAUCUGUUUGUGCCGCUGGGGAGGGAGCGGGAGGCGGUUGAUGUGCUGGACCGUCUGGCGGAAGAGCAUAGACAGAGGGCGGCGGCGACGGACAGCGAGUUGCGGUGA